CGUUUAAAUCUUUAUUUAAUAUUAAGGCGUUUUGCUUCAUUUACAACCAAACUGCGACGGCUUGUAACAGAAACUGACGUUAAAAAAGACCAGGAAAUGAAGAGCUGAGAGCAGGUGCAUGUCAUUUAGCACUCGCAAGAAUUCCCUGACAUUUUCCCCAUAAUGGCCUCCUGUUCAUCGGUUGGAGAUAAUCAACUGCAGAGGAUAAUCAGAGAUCUGCAUGAUGCUGUGUUGGAGUUGAGUAAAGAGCACAGGGAGUGUGGAGAACCCAUAACUGAUGACAGCGCCAGCCUGCACAAGUUCUUUUAUAAACUAGAAUACCUGCUACAGUUUGACCAGAAAGAGAAGACAACCUUUCUUGGCCAGAGGAAAGACUACUGGGAUUACUUCUGCGACUGCCUGAUUAAGAUCAAGGGAGCUAACGAUGGCAUCCGUUUUGUUAAGUCCAUCCCUGAGUUAAAGACGUCGCUGGGGAAAGGAAGGGCCUUCAUCCGCUACUCACUUGUUCACCAGCGUCUUGCAGACACGCUGCAGCAGUGUCUUAUAAACCAGAAGGUCACAAGUGACUGGUAUUAUGCCCGGAGUCCAUUCCUCAAGUCUCACCUCACUACUGACAUAAUCAACCAUCUUUAUGAGCUCAACCAGAUCCAAUUUGACGUGGCGGCCAGAGGUUACGACCUCGAUGCAGAUUGGCCAGCCUUUGCAAGGCGAACAUUAGGCACAGCCUCACCAGCUUUCCUGUGGAAGCCUCCCAGUCGCUGCUCCAGCAUCAACAGUCUGGUUAGCAGCUAUUCACAGUCACAGGCGCAGGAGUUUCUUCCAAUUCCAGACCUGAGUCACAGUCUCCUUGGUGAACUGGGAGAACUGGGGGAACCUUCUCCCUGCAGCAUCGCAGAGAAUCUGCGCAUUGAGCUCGACCAGUCUGAGCUCAGACAGCAGGAGCUUCUGGUUCAGGUUCAGGAGUUAAGCAAGGAGGCUAUUGAGCUGAAAGGUGUGGUUAAAAACCUUCAAGGAGAGCUAGCAGCUCAGAAGUCCUCUGGCAACUCACUGUCAACAGAAGCCCAAAGUAACCAAGAAGCAGGAAAUCAGGAGAGAACAAAUCACAUUCACACCUGUAGGGAAGCAAUAAACAGUGAACUUCAAGACAGACUCACAGCUGCUGAGAACAAAAACAUGGAGCUUCUCUCUAAGUUGGAUGAAGCUCUUAAAGAAAAAGGCCAACAAACAGCAAGCUACUGUGACUCAGCCUGGAAAAUCCAGGAACUCCUGGAUAAACUUAAGACAGCAGAGGAGGAGAGGCUGGAGGCAAAGAGAGAGGCUGAAGACAGGGCCAGGCACUCUGAGCGUCUAUCCCAGGAACUCAAACUCAGGGAAGAAGACUUGAGAAACAGCGAGGAGAAACUAAUUGAAGUAAAAGCUGGAGCAGACGACGAACGGGAUGAGGCGCUCAAACGGUUGGAGGAGCUCCAAGGGGUUGUCGGUCGAAUUCAGGGGGCCCUGAGUUUGAAAGAGAAGGAGACAGGGAACCUGAGAGCCCAGCUUCAGGAUCUACAAGCGUCGCUGGAGUGCAGGGAACGACAGGCAGAGGAACUGAGGAAAAGACUGCAAGAAGAGAGGGAGGAGGUGGAGCAGAGAUGUAGCAUGAGCGGUGGCCAGAAUGAGGAACUUCAGAACUUGAUCCUGGAUUUAAGAAAAACCCUAAAAAACAGAGAUAAAGAGCUUGCUGUUAGUUCAGAGAGAAUAAAACACUUGGAGGAACAGGUGGAGAAGCUAAAUGAUGAGAAGGAAAGCCUGAGCUCUAAACUUAAUGAUAAUGAAGUCACUUCUUGUGAUGAACCUGAGAACACUGAGGACUACAAAACCCAAUGCAGCAAUCUCAUGGAAAUAAACACUAAGCUACUCCAAACAGUAAAGAAGAGUGAGGAGAGCAUUACAGAGCUGACAGAGGGCAGGACAGCCUUGUUAGAUCAUCUAGCUUCUUUGAGGGCUUCUGAGAAGCACUUAAAAGGUAGAGUAGAGGCCUCAAAUAUGUGUGUGGAGGCCCGGGAGAAGAAGCUUCUAGAUGAAAACCUGCAUUUGGAGGAGACUGUUCAGAAGGCACUUGUCCAGAAGGAAGUAUCAGAUGCUCAAUUAAAGAAGCUAGAGCAUGAGAACAGGGAGCUUCUUGAGGUUCAGUCAUUGCUAAAGAAACAGUUAGCAAGAAAUCAGCAGGAGUUGGACUCUCUCACCACCAAAGCUGCAAAGCUGGACAAGAACCUCACAGUGUCCCAAAGAAGCCAAGCAGAGUUACUUGAAAAACUCCAGGAAACUGAGGCUAAACUCAGAGAUCAGACCGUUAAAUGUGGGCUUCUGCAGGCUCGAGCAGAGGACCUGGAGAGCAGGACUGGAGAGCUGCAUGAUGAAAAAGGAGCUGCAGAGAGCAAUGAAAAAAUGCAGAAGCUUCACGAUGAGCAUCAGACUUCCUCAAUGGAAACCAAAGAGGCCCCGUUCAGGCUGGUGAUAGCUGAGGCUCAACUGGAGCUCAACCUAAGGGAGGUGCAUCGGCUCCGGGAGGAGGUGGUGGAGCUCAGGGCUCAGCUUCUGGCAGGAACUGAGGAGAGGAUGAAAGUUCAGGCCCUACAGGAGGUGACGGAGGCCUCUAGAGAGGACCUCCGUGUUUUGGCAGAACAACUCAAGGCUCAGGUGGAGGAGCUAAACCGCCGGCAUGUGGAUGAGAUUCUUCGCUCCCGGGAGCGAGAGGAGGCUCUCGUCCGUGAGCGAGACGGUGAGGCUCAGGCCCGAGCAAGUCUGGCUGCAGAGGUGACAGCAUCCAGAGAGGAACUUAAUAAACUGAAGCUGCGAUAUGAGGCCCAGUGUCUGGAGAAUAGUGAAUCCAGGGAAGCACUCCAUAGAGCUAACACAGAAACAGCUGAGCUUGGUGUGCAUGUUUGCAUGCUAACCGCUGAGAAUGAAGAGGCCCGUCUGCGCUGGGAGAGCCUUUCAACAAGGCUCCAAGAGCUGGAGGACGAGGCGUCUCAGGAAGCUGAGAGGCUGAACAGCUGCAUGGAACAGCUUCGUCAAGAGAACCAGCAUCUCCUCAGUCAGCUCCAUAAUGAGGAAGUAACCAAGCUGGAGCUGCAGAAGCUGAGCGAGGCCCAGCAGGAUGCUGAAACUGUGCAGGAGACAAACCAGGAAGAGAUCCAGGCGCUUCGCUUCCAGCUCAGCAGCCAGGCCAUGAGCCACGGAAGCCAGCUCCAGAGUUUGAGCCAAGAGUUACAAGAAGUGAAAUUACAGCUGACAACCGAGCAGGAGAAAGUGGUCGAUCUGGAGAACAAACUCAGUGAGCUAAAGGCUGAGAAUCAGAGAUAUUACCAACAGAUUGAGGAGAAAAACAUCCAGAUGGCCAAGUCUGAAAAUCUCAUCCAGCAGAAAGAAGACAAGAUAAUCCAUCUGAAAGGGAAUUUAUCAAGGUCUGAGGACAGUUUAGCAGCAGCUCAGCGGACAUGUCAGGAAAUGAGUGAAAAUCUACGGAAAGUCAUGCAGGACAAACAGAGCGUUGAUCUCAAGACCGCUGCUGAACUCGAUGACCUCUACCGCACCAAAAUCAAUUUGGAGGAAAGACUCGUAGAACUCAUCAGGGAGAAAGAUGCACUUUGGCAGAAAACAGAUGCCCUGGAGUUUGAGCAGAAACUGCGGGAUGAGGAGACGGAGAGAGACGUGAACUACUGUCUGGGCUGUCACAGUCAGUUCAGCUGGUGGCUCCGCAAGUACAACUGCAGACUGUGUGGGCGUCCCUUCUGCUACUACUGCUGCAGCAACACAGUGAGCACCCAACAGGGCGGCAACAGAGAGCGCUGCUGCAGUGACUGUUAUAACCAGCACAGUGCAGUAGUGGAGCGCCACCCACAGGAGGAAGUGACUAACAGCACACCGGGGACACCUUUCAGCCGUUUGCUGCAGGCUGGGAGAGCUGUGACCAGUGUCUCAGGGGCAGAUGAAGGUGACACACAGGAUGAUGGUGUUUUUGACAUCAUCACAGAGGAAGAAGUGAGUGGGGUCAGUGAUUCCCUCUCUUUUGUCACCGCCUGCUCUCCUGGACAUGGACAGCAGGGGGCAGUGCAGCUAAACAGCAGUGCCAGUGCGGGAGACCUCACAUCAGAGGAUACUGAGGACCUCAGUGCUGCAGUGCAGGAUGCAGAGAUUUGCCUGCUGAAGUCUGGAGAACUCACUCUUUCGGUCCACUUCUCGGUUGAUGACAUCUCAGGGUUUGGGGACAGCUCCCGAGAGCUCUUCAUCAAGUCCAGCUGUUACAGCACCAUCCCUAUCACUAUGAGCAGUCCUGGUCCCACUGUCACCUGGACUUUCACCUCUGAACCCAAGAGCAUCGCCUUCAGUGUGGUCUACAGGGAGAGUACAGAGACGCCACUGGAGCAGGCCAAGGUUUUGAUCCCACUGACUCGCUGUAACUCCCACAAAGAGACAAUCCAGGGGGAGCUGAAAGUGAGGAACCCUGGAGAAUACACACUCAUCUUUGACAACUCCUUCUCCAGGUUCAUCUCAAAGAAAGUCCUGUAUCAUCUGAGUCUUGACAAGCCUGUGGUCUAUGAUGGGACUGACCUCCUCUGAGCGUGACAGGAAGGACCAUAAGCAGGUGUAAAACUUUAAACAUUCAUUCAGGGUGUUAAAGCUCAUGCGCAUUAUUUUAAGGCAACUGGGUCAGAGUCUACUGAUGUUCAGCAACCUCACUGAAAGGUUCUGGCAUUUUAAAAAAAGUCUCUCUCUGCUUGCUCAUGAAAUUUCACACAUCAGAUGAACUCUGAUCAUGGGAAAGCAGAACAAAGGCUGAAAACAGUGAAGUAAAACAAUGUUACAUGAGUUAAUGUGAGCAUGCACUACCUUUUAUAAAAGCUUGAUCUUGUAGUUUACAUGUAGCAUUAAGGGUGUUGAACUUCACUCGAUUAAAAGGUUUGUCGCAUAUUUGAAUGUGAAGAACUUGUGUGUGCAUGCGUAUGUUACAGGUUUGUCAACAUCUACAGAUGCAGGUCAUGUGGCAAAUUCUUACUGCAUACUUUCAGAAGUAAAGCUACAGUUCUGCUUCAACCAGAAGUCAAAUUGUUUGGUAAAUGAAGUGUUCCCAUUUUGUUCCCAUUAUUCGCUUCUCAUGAAGACUGCUGUUGUUAAAAUGGGAAUAAUGUGCUCUCUGCACCCUGACAAAUAAUUUAAUACAUUUUAAUUUAAUACAUAUCCUGGGAAAAUCAAUAGAGAAACCCAGACAGGAGUGCCUGUUUUUCACUAGUAUUAAAUAAAGUGUUAAAUAGUUACUUUAAGUUACUUUACCACAUUAAUGCAAGAAUAAUCAAAAAAUCUAGUACUAAUACAUGUAGGAAAAACACCCAGAGCUGUUUAAGAAAGAGUUACCAUGGUGUAAAUGGUUUGACUGAUGUUCAACUGUUGUGGUAAGUAAAGUUGAGGAGUUUGUGGUUGUCACUGUUGACAACCUGCGAUUAAAUCCCAACUCAUACAAAGAUUUCAUCGAGUUAAGUGUGUUUUAGUUGCCUAAACUAGUGUUUUUAGAACAAUAUCACUAAAACCAUAGUUUAACUUUUUGUUUUACUUUCUUAAACACACCAUUAACAAACCAUUUCAUAUAACUGAGCCUUUAAAUGGGUGUUCAUGUUCUGUUAUUGGUGGGGAAACUUAUCUGUGUCCAAAACAUGCACUGUAGUGUGUCGUUAAGUUCAGGAUCAUUUCACAUAUCUUUACGAUUGUUGCCUUUUCAGCUGUCAGGAUUUACAAGAAAUGGGGUUUUUUUGCAUUGCAAUCAUGACUUCUGUGCACUUCUGUGAAAGCUGUGGUGCCAGCGCAUCAUUCAGUUUUAAUUGUCUUCACUAAAAAGGCUUUAAUUAAGUGUGGGGGUUCUGGUGAUUGCAGAUGAAGAAAGAGAAGAAUGUGGUUUCUAUGCAUGGUAAACACUAAGAAUGUGCACAUGCUUACGCAGCUUAACCCUCGAAGGGUUAAAAGUGGGAGCAUAUAUCAAAAUAUAAGUUUCAGUGCUUUAAAUAUCUAGUUUUUUCUUGGCGCUUAAUAUAAAUCAUCAUUAAUGUUUUGACAAAAAGUGAUGAUUUUGCAUUAAAUUUAGCAAGGAUGUGAUCAUUUCAUUUUAGAUGAAGAAAUAGUGUUUUUAUUAGAAGAAUGAACAAAAGAAUUUAUAUUUAUAGUACACUUUUCUAGAUGGAAAGAGAUGUUUGUUUUUCAGUAUAGUUGUUUACUGUUGCUGUGUAAUGUUCUGAGUACUGAGUUUUGCAGUGUGUCACACAGAAAGAGUUUGAAUCUCAGCAUACAGCCUUCAAAUAAUACAAAUCCAAAAAGCAGUUUUUAUACUUGAAGUUGUCCAGUGUGGACUUAUUUGAAGAGUUAAAUGUUGAAAUGGACCUUUUUCAAUUAGUUAUCCUCUUUUGAGUGUCUUAGAAUUGAUUCUUUGAUUAUACUGACUUAAAUAUACUAAACACUUCUUUAUUACAGAGUUUCCAAAAUGUCUUCCAACAUUUUAAAAACAUUUUAUAACAUAUUUUGAACAUAACUGACCAGAGGAAGAAAUUUCCUUUCUACAAGAAAUUCACUUUUUAUACAUAUCUGAGUAAGAAGAGUGAUGCAUUGCCAAAUAUAUUGGAGAAACAUAUCUGUCUGUUUUAGUGUUUGUAAAUGGGAGUUUCUGGUUAACGACAUUGCAACACGACUGUGGUAUAAUGCACUUUGAAAGGGCUUUUUGCCAGUCUGCAUCCCAUGAGCCUUUGUGCCAGUUGAUGAAUGGUUUUCUUUUCCUUUGUAUCUAGUAAGUGUGUGAUUGUAGAUGUUUACAGCUGGAUUUGCCAGAGGGAAACUUUAACUCUCUGACUUAACUUGAUCUAUAAAUGAUUGUUGACAAUGUUUUAUUGAAAUGUCAUUUACAUACUAAAGAUUUAUAAUAGAAUGGAUUUAAUAUUAUGGACAAAUAAAUAAAUUGUGUGAUAAUU